CAGCAACAAAUGACAAAUUCCACAUCAAAUCCUUGUCAAAAUGUGUUCGUUCCCUCUCAUGUCAGCACUUUUCCUACUACAAUAAUAAUAAUGUGCCUUUUGUUGCCCCUCUGCAAGUGCUCAACGCUCAGAGUCUGCCUCUUGUGGGCUUGCUGGAACAUCAUUUUCGGACUGCUUCUGAUUGAUCAAGUCUUGGGCCUGGUUAGGGCACAACAACUGGCAGCGACAAUCAAGAUAAUCGGCUGCCUCUCCGGCGCGGGUUUCACGCUCUCCGGCCUCAUGCUGCUCGCCGGCAUUCUGAUUGCCUCGCCACAGACUUCGCGCUGUUUGCUUUGCUCUUCGAUAGUUGUCUGUGGCCUGAGCACACUCGUCAUACACUGGCUGAUCCUGCCACUGGGUAAGUAUUUCUGAAUAUUAUUUGAGGCUCACAAUA